UAAACACACUCUAGUGCUAACUUCCGCUUCGUCGUGCCAUUAUUCCGUCAACAUCCGCUGCUGUAUGGCUGCUGCUGCUACCUCCGAGUGAUUCGCGCUGCUGUUGCACGUGGAAAGGCGCGGGAGGUGUAAAUAUUAUAGCGUUAACUAGUAUGUGCGGGACUCAGUUGCAACAUAUUGAGUGUGAAUAAUGUCCGCUAUGCCUAUGUGAAUGUCCCCUACCAGAGACUGUAACAUCCUUGCGCGUUUCGUGACCUGUCAUUUAAGCUGCAAGACCACAGUGGGCCCGCCUUCAGGUCGUGUAGCUGGAACGGUUGGACCAUCUCCGCGUUCUCGGAACCUGCAUACAAGUACGCGGGCCCUUGGGCAUCCUGCUGAGUACAGAGAUCGCAAGAGGACAGAAAUCCGUAUGAUUCAAGGCAUCCAGUGUCAUGUCAUCAACAUUGUGCCCAGAUACAUGGACACACAAUUCAAAGAGCACUUCAGGAUGGACAGAAGCACUUUUGAGGAAAGCAUUGCCCUCAGUUCCCAGACCGGCCAAGGAAGGAGCCCUUGACACCGUGGCAGAAGUCUGUCAUGCAAGCCAUUCUUCAAUCUGAUCUGGAUAAAAUCUCCACUUGGUGUCACACCUGGUCUAUGAAACUAAAUAUUGGUAAGUGCAAAGCAAUGAGAAUAACGCGCACGCCUAACCAGUCUUCAUGCACAUACUUCCUUAAUAACUCUUCUUUAACUACAGUCUCUGAUUAUAAGUAUCUUGGCGUAUACAUUACUGCCAACCUAUCAUGGAAAAAGCACGUUGAACAUAUCACUAAUAAUGCUAACCGCACACUUGGUUUCCUUCGCCGUAAUUUUUCCCUGGCUCCUGUGUCCCUAAAACUAGUUCUAUAUAAUACUCUCGUGCGCCCGAAACUAGAAUAUGCUGCUUCCGUUUGGGAUCCUCACACUAAAUCACUCAUACAAGCCCUCGAAUCCAUCCAAAAUCGUUCUGUUCGUUUUAUACUCUAACUAUUCUCGUUCAGCCAGUGUAACACUAAUGAAGAAAACAUUAGAUCUUCCUGACCUUUCCUUACGCCGUCGUAUUUAUCGAUUAUGCCUCUUUCACAAAAUAUAUUUCACCUCUGACACUCUUAAGCAAUCACUCUUUACUACUCCUACUUACUUUUCAUCCCGCAUGGACCACCGGUUCAAAGUUGGCGUGCCAAGCUGCAGGACUAAUCUUUAUUUUGAUUCGUUUGUUCCGAAGACAAGCGCGGACUGGAACCACCUUCCUGCCUCCGUCGUGUCCAUCGCAGUACCCGAAGUCUUCAAGUCUGCUGUAUACGAUCACCUUCAUUAAGCUUCCUACUAAAAAUGUAUUUGUGUAUAGCCAUUUGGAUUUUUGUAUACCCACUCCUCUCUGUAAC